CUGGCUGCCUGGCCCUAUUGUUCCCCCCGAGAUCUCUGGCUCCAUCGCCCUCCGCUGCCCGAUCGGGGACACCGCUGCGACCCUCGUCAAGGGAACAUCAGAAUGGCUGGCUUAGCACAAUAGCUGCAAAAAAAUACCUGCAGACCGCGGAUCAGAUGCAGGAUAGCCCAGCACCAGUUCUUUCAGAUACCCACCGAUCCAUAGUCAGAUCAAGCGCUGUGUCGCGUAAGCACUUGGCCGUGAUCCACGAGGCUGGUUUUGCAAGGCGCUGGCGAUAAUCGGCUCGAAACGGCCAGCUUCCUGACUCAAAGCUUCGGAAGUGCCAUCUCUAUUUAAACUGGGGCUCCCCACUAGAUGAUCCGCCCCCACCCACUCCCGUCUUUCUUUAACCGCUAGCCACUCUUUCCUAGCCCCCCACAGUCAGUCUCUCGUUCACUAGGAUGAUCUUCAAGUCAUUGACAUCCUUCCUGGCUAUCUUGCUUGCGUUGGCAGAGACCUCAUCCGCAGACGAGGUCUACACCGUCACCAAGACAAACUACAUUACUCCAGACUGUCUCAAGUACAAAGCCCAGAGCAUCCUCCAGGGCAACCCCAUAGGUGCUACCACCGGUAUUCCCAUCGUGUUCGUGUACGCAGACUCAGAAAGUACUGAAGCCCCCAAACCAGUUACUGCUUCUGACUUGCAUUACACUGUCAGCACCGAGGCCACCAAGUACUACACCUCGCUUGUGUGUGGCGCCGAAUCUUGCCAAACCCAUGUGGUUCCCCAAGUCUACACCGACUCAUACACUUCCUCCACCAGAAUCACCUACACCACCCUCAAGACUGCGUUGACGUCUUCGCCGGCCGCAACAGACACUCCUACCACUUCUAAGAAGAGGUCCACAAUCUACCAGUAUGACACCACCACCGAGGUCUCGACCGCCCAGGCAGUCAUCACCAAAACUGCGCCUACCACUACCACCACCAUCUUCAAGGCCACCACCGUUCCCAAAACCGUCUUCAAGCCUACCACCGAAGUUGAAACCAUCUCCACCACGCAAAAGAACCCAUUGGUCACCCAGAGUGCUAUCUCCAAAUCGUUGGAUGUCACCAUUUCUGCAUCAUUCUCCGAUCCAGUCACAUUCUCCAGGUCUGCUUACGCCAAUAGCUCGGCUAUCACAAACGGAACUUCCAGAUCUAAUGCUACCUUGAGCUCAAUCUUGGAAAGCAGAACUGCUGUUGCUCCAGCCGUAACCUCCUCCCGUUUCCCUUCUAUUGGCCCUGUGGCUGGUGGUCCCAUUGUGGCUAACUCCACAAUUGAUCUGAGACUCUCUUCUUCGGUCCCAACCACUUUUUCGACCAUUGGAAAAUACUCAAACAGCUCUGUCUUGGCAUCUUCUUCUAGCUUGUCCAACUCAACUACUCAAAUUGCAUCGAAUUCAUCUUCUGCUGCGUCGAGCUCACUUGGUGUAUCUACCACUCUUGCAUCCUCGACCGCAGACAGCUCUAGUUCUGUUGCAUCAUCUUCCACAUUGUCAAGCUCGUCUUCUUUAUCUUCUUCUAGCGCCCCAGCCAUCCCUAGUGGAUCUAGAGGUGGUGCUACAACUGGUGAAAAUAACUCAGGUGAUUUGUUUUCAACAAUCUCGACUGAUGGUCCUUUGUCUAUUUUCACGAAGAAAGAAUUGCCUUUGAGUAUUCCAAAAGGUGUUGACAAUGAUGGUAUUCCAAUCAGUACAAACAAGUUUCACGCCAAUUUGUUUUUGGAUGACCAAACCCAAACGAUCUGGCCAUUGCCUUACGGUUUGUUCUGGAAGAAGCAAGACUACUACGGUUUUGGUGUCACCCAUGCCAAUUCCUCCCAGUACAUCUAUGGUUACGGAAACUCUAACAACGAGGAUGUUCCUUCAUACUAUUUGAGUGCCACUGGAAACGCUGAAGUUAUCCUUUCUGCAACCUCAUUUGGCAAAAACAGCAACAACAUGAAGGUGACUCAAAUCAAGGAAAUGUCUGUUUUGGUCUCUUUAUCUGCUGAUGAAAAUGAUAGUUCUAACCAUCUCGACAUCCCAAUUGCUCAAGGUAUGGGUUUUGUUACUGGUAUUUACAAUGGUAACUUGACCCCCUUGUUAAACUCCUUGAUAGGUUUCAAGGAUUUGACCCAGGAAUCUUCUGAUGCCUUGGAUUCAAGAGUUCAAAAGUAUCGUGCUACUUUAUUCAACGGAGCUCAAUGGUUGAUUUAUGCUAUCUUGCCAAACUCUUCCUCUGACUUCAAAUUAUCUGCUUCUGACUCUUUCGGUAUCAAGGGAUCUUCUUCCGUUGAUGGCCUUAUUAUUCAAGUGGCUUAUGCACCUUCUGAUUCAAAAUCUGAAGGAUUUUAUGAUGAAGCUGCUGGAAGCUAUGUUACUGAUGCAAAGGUUACGGGAGCUGUUAGCGGAGGAACUGCUGCUACCUACAACAUUGAAUACACUGCCAAGGGUACCUCUUCUAGUGGUAAGCCAAUUAUUUUCGCUUUGCCUCAUCAAGUCGAAUCUCUUGCUGCUUCAACUAAGCAAACGUCCACUGGAAUUAAAUUAGAUUCAAACACUAAAGGUGUUAUGCUGGCGUUCCUUACUUCAACUUUGGCUUUAGAAGAGACCCUCAAUACCAAUGUUCAGUUUUUGCCAUGGGCACAAACCAUGACUUCCGAACUUUCGUACACUUCAGAACAGUUGAACUUGUUAGCCAAGACUGCCAAUGAGGAAUUAGCCGUCGACAUCGAUGAGACUGUUGCCUCUAUGGACUCCACUUACUACUCGGGUAAGGUUCUUGACAAGUAUGCUUAUAUCUUGUUAGUCGUGAGUGAUAUCAUCAAGGAUGAAAAGGCUACCAAAUCCACUUUGGAAGCAGUUAAGAAGGCUUUCGAUACUUUCUUCCAAAACAAGCAACAUUUCCCAUUCAUGUACGAUACAAAAUUCGGUGGUGUCACCUCCACUUCUGCUCAAAAUGGUGAUACCGGUGCUGAUUUCGGUUCCGCUUACUACAACGAUCAUCACUUCCAUUACGGUUACUACGUCCACGCUGCUGCCAUUGUUGGUUACGUCGACAAGAAGUUAGGCGGUACGUGGGCUGAAGACAACAAGGAAUGGGUCAACAACUUGAUUAGAGAUGUUGCCAACCCAUCCUCGGAUGACAAAUACUUCCCAGUCUCCAGAAUGUUUGAUUGGUAUCAUGGUCAUUCUUGGGCUGCUGGUUUGUUCGUAAGUGGAGAUGGUAAGAAUGAAGAAUCCAGUUCUGAAGAUUACAAUUUCGCAUACGGUAUGAGAUUGUGGGGUAAGGUUAUCGGAGAUGACUCCAUGAAAUCCAGAGGUGACUUGAUGUUAUCCAUCAUGUCCAGAGCUAUGAACAUGUACUUCUUGUACAAGAAUGACAACACUGUUGAACCAUCGAAGUAUAUCCCUAAUAAAGUUAGCGGUAUUAUGUUUGAAAACAAGAUUGCCUACACAACAUACUUUGGUUCUCCGGACAAGAAUCCUGAAUAUCUCCAUGGUAUCCAUAUGUUACCAAUCACCCCAGCAUCUUCUGUUAUCAGAACCCCAUCAUAUGUCAAGGAAGAAUGGGACGACCAAAUCUCCACCUUCAUUGGUAAAGUCAAUAGUGGAUGGACUGGUAUCUUACGUCUUAACCAAGCCUUAUAUGAUGCUAAAUCAUCUUAUGACUUCUUCUCAUCCUCUGACUGGAACACGAAUUAUUUGGAUAACGGUCAAAGUAGAACUUGGAGUUUGGCCUUUUCUGGUGGCUUAGCCAAUUCUUCUUAGAUCACAUGUUUGCAUCCAUUCAAUUCAUUCCUAUAUAUAUUGUAUAC